AUUAAAAAGGAAGCGUCAUAGAGCGUCGACAGUUAUUGUGUCAUCAGCCUGCGUCAUAGUGCGAAGAUGGCGUCGGUGGAUUUAAGAGAUAAUCUGCUGGGCAUCUCGUGGGUGGACAGUGGCUGGGUGCCCAUCCUAAACCCCAGCAAUGUACUGGAGUAUUUCUCCGAGAGGAGCAACCCCUUCUAUGAUCGCACCUGCAACAACGAGGUGGUCAAAAUGCAGAGAUUAACCCUGGAUCACCUCAAUCAGAUGGUUGGUGUGGAAUAUAUUUUGCUUCACGCUCAGGAGCCGAUUCUGUACAUCAUCAGAAAACAGCAGAGACAGUCACCAACACAAGUGAUCCCUCUUGCUGACUACUAUAUUAUAGCUGGAGUGGUGUAUCAAGCGCCUGACCUGGGAUCAGUCAUCAGUUCCAGAGUGCUCUCAGCGGUUCAUGGGAUUCAGUCUGCGUUUGAUGAGGCGAUGUCUUUCUGCAGGUACCACCCGUCCAAAGGGUACUGGUGGCACUUUAAAGACCAGGAGGAGAGAGAAAGGGUAAAGCCUAAAUCUAAGCGGAAAGAGGAGCCGAGUUCUUUGUUCCAAAGGCAGAGAGUUGACACACUGCUACUGGAUCUGCGCAAUAAAUUUCCCCCAACUUUCUAUCAGCCCAAACCAGGAGAGAAGCCUCUCCCAGUGGAGGUAAAGAAAGAACCAGAAGUGCCGGUUGAGACCGUGAAGCCUCCAGAAGAGCGAGAGACGAAACCUCCAGCCCCACCUGGCCCUCCUCGGCCAGCUCCACAAACUACACCCAACAAACCACCUCCUGAGAAGCGUGCACGCCUGCAGUGACACACAUGCCGGUCAGCCACAAACAACUUUAAUGCUGCAGGACUUCUGUGGACAUUUCUCUGCACCAGCUAACCAAGGGUGGACUGUUACGGUUAUUGUAUAUAAAUGCAGUUUCUUCAUAAUUUAAUAGUUUUUGUAAUAAGGGAACUGAAAUGUCUGUAUUUCAUCUUGAUGUCAUUUUUCAUAUUACAGUGUUGCGGAGUUGUAGUAUUAUGCCAUUCAAUCACUCACAGUAAAAAUACACAGUUUUCUAAAACCUGUCUUUUUCUGAUUAAAAAAUGUUUAUGUA